GUUGGAGGAUAAGUGGGAGAGAGAGCGAUUCUCAGGCUGGAUACGGCGGUAAUGACCGCAGUUCUAUUCGGGGGAAGAUGGGGGGCCUUCUUGCUCCUGAAUUUCGGACGUGAUUGCGGUCAGAUGCAUUCGGCUCGGGCCGUAAUUGCUGUCAGCUACGUCACGGAAUAUGCUCGUGUGUGUAUAAUGCCCUCAGUGAUUUCAGAAACUUGCGUCAAAAAAACCCAUCAGGAGGAGAGAGACCAUGGAAUGCUGGAGUACGCCUAAGGCUCAAUGAGAAGAGAGAGACGACGAGACGAGGGAGUAGUGAACCUAACCUCACUGGUAGCCCAGGUUCUUGGUGCGACAGCUCGUCAUCGCCCUGAAAGAUCCUUACAAGCCUCUCAGAUCUGCAGGACACUCUACUCCUACACUCCCAUAUAAUCGUCGAUUUCUCAUUUGGAGAACUCAGGAGAGUAUAGGUUCUCGUGAAGACUUAGGAAGAUGGAUGUCAUAAGUGGAUACUUUGACGACACCUCUCUGCGAUUUGUUGCUGACAAAUACAUAAGCCUCAUAAAGACAAUGUCUACGAAGCAGCUCCUGGAAGAGAAAGAAAGAAUCGCUGCUGCAAUUGAUCGUAGAACCUUCAGGGAGGACACUUAUAAUAAACUUUCCCUCUUGACUGUGGGUGUGAGUAAGAUUGGCAGUUCCAUCGUUGGCGGCCGAAUAAGCAUUGCAAAGCAGAAAUUAGAGAUCAUUCAAGCCGAGAUCGACAGGCGUGGACUCACAGAGCAUGGGCAGACCGCUGCGGAAGACAUCCACAUCGCUACUGUAACAGAGCAUGGGCAAACCGCUGUGGAAGACAUCCACAUCGCUCCAGAGCUUGGGCAGACCGCUGCGGAAGACAUUUGCAUCGCUACUGAGCCUGUCCAAAUGGCUGCAGAGCAUGUCCAAAUGCCUGCAGAGCAUGUCCAGACCGCUGCAGAGCGUUCUGUGCUUGUGAAUAAUAGCAAAUCUGAUACGAAGUGUAGGACAGCACACACACAACACAUGACAAAAGGUAUAAACAGUGUUGAAGAACGAGGGGGGAAAGAAGAAGACUACGCAAAACUGGAAGAGAAACAGAAAGAGGAGGAGCAACAGGGAGGCAGACGAGCAGUAGAAAGUGUCGCUACGGUCAUCAAGGGCACUGCAGUUUUGCUAGCUACUAGUUUGGGCGAUGGAUUAUGUCAGGGAGUGGCUGAGGGCGUGGGCAAUGUAUUGCUUGAGGUUGGGAUGGCGGUAGUAUCAGGAUUGUGAUCACAGUGACCGAGAGCAGAGAAAAAGUGUUGAGCUGUAGAGCUGUUGAGCUCUAGCAAUGGAAUCGCGAAAUGGGGACUACCGGUAGUGUCUCUGCUUGAUGUUAUUCGCCUAUGAAUGAACUGCUCUGUCAGCAGAUGGACGAUGGCAGAACGACAGGAACGACGGGUUGAAGAAGCACGGGGAAAGGAGGAGGAGGAGGAGGAGGAGGAGGAGGAGGAAGAGGUAAAGGAAGAAGUGAGACAGGAAGAUGAAGGAGGAAGAGGAAGAACCGAAACAGGACUUUAGAGGGCAUGGCGGAGGAAGAAGAGGAAGAGUUGAAGAAGCACGGGGAAAGGAGGAGGAGGAGGAGGAGGAGGAGGAGGAGGAGGAGGAGGAAGAAGAGGUAAAGGAAGAAGUGAGACAGGAAGAUGAAGGAGGAAGAGAAAGAACCGAAACAGGACUUUAGAGGGCACGGCGGAGGAAGAAGAGGAAGGGGAAGAACCAAAACAGGACAUAAAGGGCAUGUCGAGAGGGUAGCUAUGGAAGCAUAUCAUCGGAAAACUGAUAUGAUGCACCGUACAGCAUGUGGACGAUGCCAGGCCAACAACCUGAGGAAAGAAAAGGUUGUAGCAGAAGGAAAAGAAGACGAAGAAGACGAAGAAGACGAAGAAGACGAAGAAGACGAUGAAGACGAUGAAGAUGAUGAAGAAGAGAAACAGGAGGGGAAGGAGCAAGAGGGAGGAAGAAGAUAAGAAGAAAGAGGAGCACAUGAUGGGCACGUGCAGACCCAUGGGAACGGCAGGGCUGAAGAAAAAUAAGAAAAAUAAAGCGAUAAGGAAAAGAAUCUGUUCCAUGGUAGCUAGAGCUGAAGGUUAGCGCUAGCACCCACCGAACCAGGCGGUAUGUUAGGUAAACUGCUGACUGGCAUGUACCGCUGUUUUGGCUAUGGCCGCAAGCGGCAUGCAUUGCUGCAGACUCAGGAAUUGUUGUCCGUGCUUUGGUGGUUAUCCUGGCGGGUGGGCGGAGGGGCUCAUACUAUGGACAGUGGACACAUUGUAGGCACGUGGAGGUCUUCGUCUUGGCAAUGCAUGUUUGGGGGUUCUGCGUAGCUGUGAUUCUACUAUCAUCAACGGCAAACGUCAGCAUCAAUGACCGAGGAGAUUCGAUAGCAAAGUUAUCAUGAUCAUGAUCACCACCAUCUGUCAUCGGUGACGGUGUGGAGAUGUUUUUUUUUUUUUUUUGAAGUCUCGUGCAGUCCGAUGGACCAUGGACCAGAUAAUAAACUGAUCAGAGGAGGAUUGGAAGGGAGGGAGGAGGUGGGACAGAAUGUGACCAGGGGAGGAGGAACUUGAAGGCUGGACGUAUAUUUCUGUUGUUUCAUGGGUUGUCUUGUGCCCUCCUCCAUGGACGAUAUGUGGCUGGGGGGUCCGGGGGUUGGGGGGGUGUAGGGCACAGGCGGACAAAUUCCGAGGGGUUUGGAAGGGGUAUGAGGCGGUUUAGCGUUGCCAAUCGCAAUUCUUUGGGUCUAUUUUCAGUUUAUAUUAUUGUGCAAUAGCACAGACAUUAUUUUAUUUUAUUUUAUUUUAUUUUAAACACCCCCUGCAGUGCUUGUUGUACUGGUAGGAGCAGGUUCACCACAACAUCCCUCAAUCCACUCAGAUGAGCAAGCAGCUUUUUUCCUAUUUCAGACAAGGAGGCACAUUUCAGUUGAGCCCUUCCACUACCUACAAUGAAACAGUUUUACCCCU